AUGAAACAAAACUCAAAUGUACCAGCCUUUCUCACAAAGCUUUGGACUCUUGUGGAGGAUUCUGACACCAAUGAAUUUAUUUGUUGGAGUCAGGUAAAUUAUAUUGCCCAACUGAGUGUGCCAGCCUGGCAGAGCUAGGUAGCGCUAGCACUUGACUCUGCAGGGUGUGAAACGAGUUAGCCAGCUAAAUAGCUAGUUAGCUAUUUAUCAUCUGUGGCCUCAUAUACCGAGUUAUAGUAUCUAUGUCUGCCUAGUCCUAGAUGCAGGUGUCGGUAGUAGGCUUCAAGAAGCAUCGUUUUGUUACUGAGAUUCAUUUGCUAUUGUUGUCCCUGCUGGCUAAAGGCAGCUAGCACGUUAUUUUGAAUGAUCUGUUUGCAAAUUGGCUAGUUUCUUAUAAGAGCAUAUAAAUAAAACUGGCUAGCUUCCUAUAAGAGCAUAUAAAUAAGCAUUCCAUGAUAAAAUAAAGCAAGAAUACCCAUGCUCUAUUUAGUUCCUGAAAUGUAACACACAGAAAUGUAAUUGAAUGGAAGUAGUUGUAGACAUUAUAAUCUCCUAAUUCUUUUUUUUUUUUUUAGGAGGGUAACAGUUUCCUUGUCAUGGAUGAACAGCGAUUUGCCAAGGAGAUCCUUCCCAAGUUCUUCAAGCACAACAACAUGGCCAGCUUUGUCAGACAGCUGAAUAUGUGUAAGUAAGCGCUUCUAUAAACAUAGCGGCUCAGUUUUAUUGGAAUGCCUCCUGUGCAGCUGUCUAAUGGGUGGUCAAUUUGCAGAUGGAUUUCGCAAAGUGAUGCACAUCGACACAGGCAUAGUAAAGCAAGAGCGGGAUGGACCAGUUGAAUUUCAGCAUCAUUACUUUAAACAUGGUCAGGAUGACUUGCUGGAAAACAUAAAAAGAAAGGUAAGGCCUCAUGUAAACAAACAUAUGAUGGUAAACAAAUAAAUGACCUAUAUCAGUAUGUCAAACUGAAUAAGGGCAUAUUUUUUCAGGUUUCCAAUGCAAGACCAGAUGAUACCAUGAUCAGACAGGAAGACCUGUCCAAUAUUUUGGCCAGUGUCCAGAAUGUUCACGGAAAACAAGAAAGCAUUGAUUCUAGACUCAACACACUGAAAAGGUAAGCAAACUACCAUGCACCUGGCUAUCAAAUGGUGGUUAGAAAGUAGUAGUGAUGUGUAGUGAUGUGUUGGUUUGGAGACAGUUCUAUGCUGAUGCUUGAAUUUAUGUUUACAGAGAUAAUGAAGGUCUAUGGAGGGAAAUAUCAGACCUGAGACAGAAGCACUCCCAACAGCAGCAAAUCAUUAAGAAGGUGCAGAAAAAAAUUCUGCACCAAGAAUGACUUUCCAUAUUCAGUGGGAAUUGAAUUGGAAACAAUUUCCUUACAAUAAAACCACUUAACAAUUGGCCUUUAGGGUAUUAUAGUUCAGUCUAACUUUGGUAAUAAUUGUCUUUAUUCAUUGCAGUUGAUAGAAUUCAUUGUCACAUUGGUACAGAAGAACCGAAUGAGUUUAAAACGCAAGAGGUAAGGCUUCAUAGUAUAGCAAUUCUUCCUCUGAAUGAAAUCAUCGAUUACUAAACACUGUUAAUCCAUUUUACAUCUCAAUCUCCAUUUUACAGGCCUAUUCUACUGAACAGCAAUGGAAAGAAGCCUAAAUACAUCCAUGAAAUCUACGAUGAACCUCCUCUGGACCACAACAAAGUAUGUGUAGUUCUGAAUGGGUUUACCUCCUUAUGUAAAGUGUACAUGGUGGUGUCCAUCCAAUCAGUCAUGACACUAAUGAUACUAGCAAAUAGAUCUAUUUUUCUUGACAAUAUUAAGGCAGGAUCACUGCCCAGGAAAAUUGCUUAUUGUGAGAACAAAACUUGACAUUCGCGGUGGGGCAGAUUUCUUCCAUAAUAUGAGUUUUUAAUGUUACUUCAAAAGUAUGUUUUCUCAAUGUAAGCUAUUCUUAAGAUGUACAUUCUUAACUCUCUCCCAGCCCUCUGUCAGUGGUUUGAAGAGCACUGAUCUUACUGACGAUGUCAUCAUCUGUGAUGUAACUGACGAUGACACAGAGAUCACAGAGGGCCCCUCAAGAGUAUUGGAUCAAUCGUAAGUCAACAUAAACACUUUUGUUUAAUGUAUAUUUCCAUCUGCCAUCAUCUAUCCUCAUGCCUUUUCUCCUCUCCUUCAUUCUUAGGGAUGUAGAAAUAGUUGAGGUCUUCAACAGCAAUACUGUGUCACAGACAGACAGCGUUGACAAUAUAGGACAGACCAACUCUUUGGUAAUCGAACCAGAAGAGACCACCAUAAGCACAUAUGAUAGCCUUCCCACAAGCAGCACCUUGCAGCUCAACAAACCGUCAGGCUUGAGCCUAGAGGAUCCCAUGAAGAUGAUGGACUCAAUCCUCAAUGAGAGUGGAGCUAUUUCUCAGAAUAUCAACCUCCUCGGCAAGUAAGUGGACUUGACUAGCUUUACCUUUGUGGCCUGUAGUUCCUGAAGAACUUGCAUUUUUGCAUUUGUAAGGCCUAUUGAAUUAUUGUCUCGGCUUACAGUUAAUAGGCAUCCAAAUGUUUAACAGGGUUGAGCUGAUGGACUACUUGGACAGCAUUGACUGCAGUUUGGAAGACUUUCAGGCUAUGUUGUACGGGAAGCAGUUCAGCAUUGAUCCAGAUAUUUUAGAGGUAUGCUUUUCAUAUUGAAAUGUAAUAGUGCAUUACAUUUCUGUUGUAUGUCAUGAUGAACAGGGAAGUUGAUAGGCCCCAGAGGUUUAUGUUAAUUACAUUUCCAUACAAAAUCUACAGUGAUGCACUUGUAUAGAAUUACCUGGUUCCCCCACUCAAUUCAAUAUCCGGGGUGUAUUCAUUACAGAAACCGUUUUAAGAACCAAACACAGCAAACGGAAUGAAACAGGGAGGGACCUACCUGAAUUUGUCCAAUAGUAACUCUUGUUUGCAUUUCCCAUUUGGAGGAAACGGUUUCUGUUGCGAAACGUUUUGCCACAGAAUCUACGUAAUGAUUACACCCCAAGUCUGUCUGAAUUGUCCUUUUAUUUGUAUUUCUGAAUCCUCAUUAACUUCACUCAAUUAUGUCAUCUUUAGGGGAGUGGUGGUGGUGGUUCCAAAGAAAAUGCAGGGCUGCUAUCCAAAGGAGGCAAGUCUGGUUUCUCUGCAGACAACCAGCUGGUCCAGUACACAUCCUGCCCUCUGCUGGCCUUCCUGGAUGGCUGCACCCCUUUGGCCACAGAGGGAGACAGCCUGCUGCAGCACAGCACUGAGGUGCCCACAGACCUCCUGGAGCCAGACGAGGAGCCUCCACGGAGCUCUCUGAUCCGCCUGGAGCCCCUGACUGAGGCAGAGGCCAGCGAGGCAACGCUCUUCUACCUGUGUGAACUCAACCCAGAGGGUGACACUACUGACUCGACACAGCUGGAGAUUUAA